AUGUCCGAAUCGCUCUUUACUACCCCGGUGGACAUCGCACUGCUGGCUGAAGCUGAUACGCAGGGUAUCUUUCGCUUUUGUCAAAACAGUCCCAAUUGUGCUACCGAUAACAAGCGAUGCUCGUUCAUCGACUGUUUCGUGGUUCACUUGGUCGGGAUGUCGAUGGAAUGGCCACCGACCACAGCUGCGCACUGGAUGAGCGAAGUCUACAAGCCCUGUCUAGAAAACCUUCGGGGAGACGUAAAUCCGGCCGACACGUUCCAGCCCUCAGAAGAGACCAAAUACCGGGAAAUCGAACGGGACUUGGCUGGUAGCCUGAAGUUACAAUCGAGGGCUCUGGAUUAUCUGCAUCAAACGCGCCUCGACAUCCCGACCACGAACGCAGAACAAAAUCAAGGUAACCGUGCCAUCAGUGGACAGCUAGCUAAUGAAAUAACCAAUCAAUGUCAGAGAAGCUCAGAGUUUUGGAGGAAUGCUUACAAGACGUGGCUCAAAGCCAGGCUAUAA